UCCACACAGAGCCAAUGCAGCCUUUAAAUGGUUAUAGAUGUGUUUUAAACAUGUAAGGCUGCUCCGAUUGAACCAAAUAUAUUCCUUUAAUCAUUAAGUGUGACAUCUCUACGCAUAAUGUCCUUUUCUAGGUUAGAAUGGUGAUGGGUGAUAUACACUUCUUCAAGGAAUGCUAGACCUUUUUAAUGUGUAGAGAUCAUUUCUUAUCCAGAUCAGCUGACUUUGAGACUUUUGCAUAGUUUUCCAGUUUCAUCAGCUCACAAAGAGAUCAUUCAAGCCAACUGUUGAUCAUCCCCUUUAGCUCUUCGCUUACUUUAAUGAAAGGUGUUACCAGUAGGUGGCAAAUGACAACGUGAGUCUCUCAAAUCUGCGUUAUGAUUGGUCCCUUUACCAAAACAGAUGCCAUCUCUACCCUGGCUGGAGGAAACCUGCGCUUGKUCUUUGUUAAUGUUAAUGAAAUGUGACAUAACCAGGGUGCACAUAGCCUGCUAAUCAGCACUAAUCUGAUCCACUGGAUUAGAAGAUGGGAAUCCAAGGCCCUGCUUACAGGACAUGYGUGCCUCCUUCCUUCCAGAAGGAAACCAUCUUUCUAGUCUUCUUUCUAGCAUUCAUUAUUGGAUUAUAAUUACUUUGCUGURUAUUCCUAAUCCAGUCAUUUUUUGGUAAAUUUCUUUUAUCGCUGAUGGGUGAAGUUUUGCUGAGCGGAUCUUGCAGCUGCACCAUCGGGUCCUGGGAUCUGUAUUAAUGCUGUCAUCAUCAUAAUCUCAGUUUUUUCCUGCUGUGGGAUUAUCAUGGACACGAAGCAGGCCAGCCUGUGACCUUCCGCCGAGUUUUUCCACUUUGGCUUUGAGUUUGUGGAAGACCGGGAGCCAAAAUGUUGAACCAGAGCGCUGUCAUGAUCUUCACUGGCAUUUGUGGCGCCAUGGUGUUAAUGGCCAUGGCCUACUAUGUCUACUGGACUGUGAUAUUGGCCGACGGGCCGUGUAAACGCGGCCUGUAAAGGAGUUCCGCCGUGCUUGGUCGUAGAGUAUAGAGCRAGCGAGGAGCCCACUCGGCCCUUCAGGCUCCUCAGCCAUGGCUCUCCUGGCCUACCUGAAGAGCCUGUUCAUCCUGCAGCUGCUGAUGGGCUUUGUGUUUGUGGUGAGCGGCCUCAUCAUCAACUUCAUUCAGCUGUGCACCUGCAUCCUCUGGCCAAUCAACAAGCAGCUCUACCGCAGAAUCAACUGUCGGCUCUCCUACUCCCUCUGGAGUCAGCUGGUGAUGAUGUUGGAGUGGUGGUCGGGAACAGAAUGCACUCUGUAUACUGACCAGGCGACGGUGGACAAGUUCGGCAAGGAGCACGUCAUCAUCAUCCUCAACCACAACUUUGAAAUCGACUUCCUGUGUGGCUGGACCAUGUGUGAAAGAUACGGCGUCUUAGGGAGUUCGAAAGUUUUGGCUAAACACGAGCUACUGAAGGUUCCUCUGAUUGGCUGGACCUGGUACUUCCUGGAAAUCGUUUUCUGCAAACGAAAGUGGGAGGAGGACCGAGACACUGUCUUCUCUGGCCUGGAAAGGCUCAAAGACUAUCCUGAAUGUAUGUGGUUCCUGCUGUACUGCGAGGGAACCCGCUUCACAGAGAAAAAGCACCAAAUCAGCAUGCAGGUGGCGGAGAGUAAAGGCCUGCCCAAGCUCAAGUAUCACCUUCUGCCCCGGACCAAAGGGUUCACCACCACGCUGCAGUGUCUGAAGGGCACAGUAACCGCUGUGUACGAUGUGACUCUGAACUUCAAAGACAAGCAAACGCCAACUCUCCUGGGCAUCGUCAAUGGCAAGAAGUACAAAGCUGACAUGCGUGUUCAGCGGUUUUCUGUGGAGGACAUACCAGAUGAUGAGCAGGAGUGUGCCAACUGGCUGCACAAGCUCUACCAGGAGAAGGACGCCUUGCAGGAACAGUACAACAAGGAAGGCAAGUUCCCCGGACCCACCAUUAUCCCACCUCGCCGUCCCUGGACGCUGCUCAACUUCCUGUUUUGGGCCACCCUUCUCUUGUCGCCCCUCAUCAAUUUUGCUUGCGGCGUGGUCGUCAGCGGCUCCCCUCUCCUCAUCAUCGGUUUUAUCCUCUUCCUCAUCAUAGCCUCCAUCGCCAUCCGCCGUCUCAUCGGGGUCACGGAGGUAAAGAAAACAGGCUCCAGUUACGGAGACCAGGAGGCCAAGAAACAAAACUAAACUGUGUGACCCCCCCCCCUUCUGUGUUCGGCCGUUUGCGUACAGCCCCCCCGCGGUGUCUGACCUCCCCUACCACCACCACCCUGCUCCAUUCUCCUCCUAUCAUGGCCUCGGUUGGUAGGCCGAGGAGGAGACCCACCUGUGAAAACAUAACCCACACCAGAGUUAAAAACCCGUAAUGACACGAGCGUCCGAGAGGAAAAAACAGUAGGAUUCGAGCUCCUCUGGUGUUUUUACAGAAUACAGGGAGGGGCGGGGGAACGCAGUAUCUGUGCAUCUCUUCCUAAUCCAUCCAUCUCCCAUUCAAGUCCGGUUAAACUCGAGCCACACACAAGAUUAAGCUCCUAUCAUGAGGUCACACGCUUCAGUCCGUAUUUUUUAGGCUUGCAUGUCCAACAUCCACUUCCUGUCAGUCAUCGACCAAUCAGGAAGAGGUGAAAUGUUGAUUCCGUUAGCUCACAGAACACAGUCUAGUCAUAUUUAAUUUAUUCUUCUCCUGCAGCUGGGGGCAGUUUGGGGGGGGUCAGCGUUUCUAAAUGUUCAGCAUGUCGGACGUUUUUAGUCCCUUUUCUCACUAACAGGGACUUGUGAUGGAAACUGGUGCCUUGAGGCCCAGCCUGGCUCUCCUUCAUCAGGUCACGUCACCCAAAUCAGGUCAAAAAUUAAGUUUUUCUGGUGAUUAUUGACACUGACAUGAUUCAACAAUUUAAAUUGAAAUGUCAGGAAAGUAAAAGAACUAAAUCACUCAUCGUCGGGUUUCUCUAAAUGUGAGUAAAUUUGUUGGUAGCCUUCCACAAAACACUUUUCUUCCAUGUUCACCAUUCGUCUGAUCAACCUGGGGUUGCAUUUACUCUUGCGUCCAUUGAUGACGUUGAUGAACUUUCUGCUUUGUAAUAAUGUUCUCAGCUGUGGUUCACACAGCGGCAUCAUUUCUUUCUGUUUACUCCAUCAUGUGCUGAGGUCCUGCAGAUAUAUUAGUUAUUGAAACAAGAGGGGACCAACAAACUUACCUGAGGUUAAGUAGAGAAACGCCUCCAGUUUGAAUCCUGGUUUUGGUGUAAUGACCUCCUCAGCGUCCUGGACGGGGCAGGCUGGAGUCUGUUAAACCACAGCAAGGGCUCUGAAUGUGAAAACAGUCAUCCUCGAGAAAAGCUGYCGUCUGUUCCAGGUCUCCCCUCCGCGCCGCUCCGUUCUCACUAAUCCAGUUUUCACAUUUCAGGAGUGUGUUAAACCUCUAACCAGACAUCCUAAAUGUGAUUUUAAGCAGGAGUUCAUUUCCUCACACAUCACAGCCCUGAAUCACGGCCGCGCAGCCCCCGGUUGAACGUCGCGCUGCCGCCGCUCCAACCCGUCACCACCAGUCUUCACGCGACCUCACAGCUGUUAGCAUAGACUGUAGUAGGAAUAUUUUUAACCUUUGCCUUAAAUGAAGCCUGCUCAGGCAAGGGAUUGCUUAUUUACCUCCCCUAAAAAAARGUUAUUUCUGUUGUUUACCCUCUUUAUCUUCUAUUAAAUCAAGACAUGGUUGCAGGAAGAAGUGAGUAAUCAUGAAACAGGAUCUCCAGAGUUUCAUAGGAAGAUGUUCUUUUUGUUUUAAAAAAUGAAGGUUCUGUUUGGUAAAAUCCAAGGAAAUUGUUGGUUCAGAUCUUUGACUUGUUUUAGUUUUAAUAACCACUUUAAACCUCCCGAUUCAUUUCCAGGAAAGUUUUGAGUUUUUUAAAUUUAAAGGAAAACAUUUUCACUUGUUAAAUCUCUUAAGUCAAACUGUUUAAAUAGGAUCACAAGCUUUAAAUGUGUCAAUCUUAGGAAAAUAUUUGAUCAAAGUGGAUUUUUGUUUGAUUUAAAACCAAUUUAAAGUUGAUUUUUGKGAAAGUUUAUUUCCACUUUAAGAAAAAUGAUCUUUAAAUCCAUUUGAGCACUUGAACCUGAUUGGUUGUUAAUUUUUUUGUUUGUUUUUUUGUUUUAAAGAAAGCUCCUACAUGUGGUUUUCUCCACGCCCAGCUGUUAGGGGUGCAACAGUUACAGUUUAGCUUUUGUUUUGUUUUGCUCUUUUUACGACUUGUUUUCUGGUCCAGAAUUACAAAGACUGUAAAAAUGUGGCGAAGAUGUUGUCGGUGCCACAUCACACCCUGGGAUCAUUUCUCUUAAACRGACAUGUUUUUGUUUGUUUGUUUGUUUGUUCUUCCUAUUGUCGUCUUGGAUCAGAAAUCAUGCAAGCCUUAAUUAGUUCUGUUAAAUGUCUUCAAAUAGAAGCUUAUCCCUGUAGAGCAGAAAGGUUGAAAAAAUCAUGUUGUACCAGGAUAAUGAGCAGAUAUGAAAGCAUGUGCUUUGUUUAGUUUAUUUUUACACGGAUAGUUUUCUAAAAUGUGUGUUUUAAAAAAAACGUUAGAAACCUUUCCUGCUGUUGUCUCAAAAAUCCAAAUUCAUCUUGUCGUUUCUGUAAAAGCUUAAAGGUUUUACACUGGAGGAUUUUAUUGUUAUUAAAAAUAAACAUGUUUCUUUUUCCUGACUUUCUAUGAUCACUGAAGUGAAUCUGUAACUCCAGGCUACUUUAGAAGCAUCACUUUUUAAAAUCUACGUGGCACCGAUGGCAUCAGAUUUUUUUUUCUACGGCUAUUUUUUAUGUUCUCUUCAAUUUCAAACACUUGAGAAUAUUAAAAGAUUUAAUCACAAAGCAA